AUGUUCAAGACUUUAAGACGUCCUCGCACACUCGCCGUCAUCGCUGCAAGCUCAGCAGGCGCAUCCUAUUACCUCUUGUCAUCCUCGCCGUCUGCAAAGGAACUCCGAGAUGAUUCAAAGCGGUACUCACCGCCUGCACCAUGGACUCCUCCAACCAGAAAGGAAAUGCUCGACAGACUGCGUCUUUCGAGUAAGAACAAGGACGAACAGUUUGAUUUGCUCGUGAUUGGUGGCGGCGCGACGGGGGCAGGCGUCGCGCUGGAUGCAGCCUCCAGAGGUCUCAAAGUUGCCCUCGUCGAGAAGAAUGAUUUCUCUUCCGGAACGUCAUCUAAGUCAACCAAACUCGUUCACGGAGGUGUUCGAUAUCUCCAAAAGGCCGUAUUUGAACUCGACUAUGAGCAGUACAAACUCGUCAAAGAGGCGCUCCAUGAGCGAAAGAUUUUCCUACACACGGCUCCGUAUUUAUCCAUCAUGCAGCCCAUUAUGCUCCCCGUUUACAAAUGGUGGCAACUUCCCUACUAUUAUGCCGGAUGCAAGAUGUACGACCUCUUAGCCGGCCACCAGAACAUUUCCGCAUCCUACCUAAUGUCGCGUUCGAAAGCAAUCGAAGCGUUCCCCAUGUUACAAUCACGGGACCUCGUCGGCGCAGUCGUCUAUUACGACGGAAUGCACAACGACGCACGAAUGAACCUUGCGCUCAUCAUGACCGCCGUUCGCCAAGGUGCUGCCGUGGCAAACUAUGUCGAGGUGACCAAGCUGCUCAAGGCGCACGUUUCUCCCUCUGCCGCGCCUUCUCCCAAGGUAGCGGAAACGAAGAAUAGCGACGCGAGCUCGUCUACGGUCCCCGAUGGGAAACUUUAUGGCGCCGUCGUGAAAGAUGCGUUUACCGGAGAAGAAUUCUGUGCUCUCGCUCGACAAUCCAUCGCAUAA